CCUUCCCUCGUGAAACACCAGCCUCUUCAAAGGGAAGUGGAGCAGCUGAGAGAUCUAGAAACUUCAGAUUAUAAAACUGGUUAGUGAGUCUCCAGGUUUCAUCAUCAACUGGCCUAAAAGAAGAAGGGUCCCAGAGGUCUCGGAGAAACCUGAUUUUCCCAGGGAGUGAGUCCUGUGCAGAGGAAACCAGGACCAUGAGGAUUGUCCCCAUUUUGGUUUGGAUUCUUUUCCCAGGCUGCUGGGCAGUGACGGGCCCUGGCACAGCACAUGGCCAGCUGGGCGGCUUGGUGUCUGUGCGGUGCCGGUACGGGGCAGGCUAUGAGGCUUAUCCGAAAUUCUGGUGCAGACGCAAAGUUGUGCUGUGUUUCAAUCACCUCAUCUUUGAGACCAAGGGGUCGGAGGCUGAGGAGACGUGGGGCAGAGUCUCCAUCCGUGACAAUCACACCCAGCGCGUUAUCACAGUUACCCUGGAGAACCUGACGCUGGCAGAUGCGGGGACUUACCUCUGUGGGGUAGCCAGGAUUGGCCUCCCUAAUCCCAGGGACUCCGUCGAAGUCAUCGUCUCCCCAGCUGCAGCUCUUCCUUCUUCAAUCCCAAUGGAAAAGGCACCACAGACAACAGACCAGCCAGCUGCUCCUGCCCUCACAUGGAUUUCCACUGGAAGCCAUGUCUCUAGCUCAUGGACGUCCUCAAGUAACAGCUCCUUGGACAGCAAUGACGUCCAAGCACAAUCCCAACCCAACAUCCUCUAUCCCUUGUUCCUGAUCGUCCCCGUCUUCCUGUGCAUAGUCUGUGCUGUGAUCUGGGUGAGCAUACAGUACCGGAGGAACUCCAGGGAGAUGGUGCCAAACAGACAUGCUGAGGAAUUGCCCCUCUCCUAACUUAGGAAUGGGUCAGAAUCGGCAGAAGAAGGAUGCAUCCCUCAGCUCUGCCCACAUCAUAAGUCCACAGAGUGGGCCUGACUUUUCUCUCAUGUAAACAAACUAUUUUCGCCACAUUCUUAGGGGACAAUCUCCUGCAGGUGUCUGUCUCUGUGGUUCCCAUGUCUAGGCUCAGUUCCACAUCAUAAACACAAUGAAUGGCUGGCAAGAAAAAAGGGGGAGGUGGGUAUUCUUGCAGCCAACUUAGGUGGCCCAGCGCUGAUGGUGCUGCAGAAUUUACCCUCAGGAAAAAGAUGGAGUUUUCCAAACCUGGCACAAGCCCUUGACACGUGGUUUGGAGCUAGCCAUCAAUCUGAGCUGGCUCAGACACAGCUAAGAGCUAGGAGAGGGAAAGUAGUAACCCCACCUGAAGUGGUGGAAGACCUGCGGAGACUUGUGUUCCUGACAUACUCAGCUAGCACCGUGGCCUUCCAGGAUCAAUUGGCAAUGGACCAUUUAGAGAUGCUCAGCUGGACUUGGACUUGCAGAUCAAGAUGAAUGAAAGGAGGCCAAAGACACUCCAACAGGCUCUGGGUUUAUUCACAGAGAGUGAAACUUUUCUUGGAGCUGUGCACCAGAAGAGGAAGCAGCUUAACAUAAAGAUUCAAAUAGAAGCAAAUACAGGGACUGGAAACACAUGGCUAUGGGCAAAAGAAAAAUAUAAUCUAGAGCCUAUGUUUAUUCAUAAGUUCCUUUCCCAUCUAAGAAGGUAUUUCUCACCCGAUGGUCAGUCCAUACAGUGCUUGUGCAGUUAAUAAAGCUGGAAUCCACCUUUCACAAGACACUCCUGCUGGCCCAGUGUCGCCUCUGUAAUAGCUACCAUCUUGUGUCCUUCUUUUUCCUUUUAUACAGUUCCAGAGAGUCUCUUUUCAUAACCUGGGUGGUUUUUACAACUUCAUUUUGCCCACAAUGGUUCCCCGAUUCCAGGUCAUUUUCUUGAGUUCUUUUGCGCUUUGUAAAGGCCCAAGUCUGCACCUUGUCUAGAGCGUCAACACCUGGCUGGGCUGGGUCAAAAGACGUCACUUGUUCUCACUCGACUGAGUUAGCUGCAAUAACCAUGAUGAUCGGAGAGUUUUUAGAUUUUGGCACAGACUAAAUGUGGCCCUCUUGGGUGAAAUCUUGAAGAUGGUGAUCGCAGGGAAACCAUGCCUGUUUAGGCAAGUCCCUGAGAAUAGACUUGUAACUAUGUACCUCCAUCAGUUGCCAACAUGGGGCAUCCAGGUCACACGUACUCAGUACUUUUAAGCCAGCCUCAUGAUUUUUUGGGGCCUGACUCAUUAAUUUUUGAACACUUGAGGUUGGCAAUAUGGGGUUUGCACCUGUGCAGCUGCUUCGCUGUUGUUACCCCAGUUGCCAUAAACCUCAGAGUAGACCCAACUUCUCAGAGAGACCUAUACACUCGCAGGACCGUCUUAGAGAAGUGAGGUAGCUGAGAAAUCUGGAAACUCCAAAUUGAAGAACUGGCCAGGGAGCCUCAGGGUUUCAUUUUCAACAGUGGCAAAAGAAAGAAGAUCCCUGCACUAUCUUGGAGAAAUCUGAUUGUUGUGACAAGAGAUUCACCUGCUGAGGGAACCAGGUGGACAAUGAGGGUUCUCCCUGUUUUGUUUUGGAUUCUUCUCAAAGGUGAGAAUGACAUGGGCUCUGUGCGGGAGGAGGAGACAGGCUCCCUGGACCCCCACAGGUCCCAUUGUCCAUCAUUUACCCCCUCUUCUCCCCCAGUGGGCAGCCUUUGGGGAAGCUCUCUGCAGGCUAAGCCAACAAGCUGGGGUUGGCUCCUGUUCUUUCCUUCACUUUGCAAGGUGGGGAAGGUCUGGCUGGAUCAAGGACCAAGGACCAGUCUCUCAGGCAGCCCCUAGAGAGUCAUCUCUAAGAGCUGUGUCUCUCAGAGUUUAUUGCCCUUUUGCAGGGUUUGCCUUCUACCCCUCUCCCCAGGGCGUAUUGCUUUACCAUCGGUCAGCCCAGCUUCAUGAGCAGUAUGCCUCACAGCUGUCUCCUCCUCAGCUGGACUCAUUCUGUCUCCAGCAGUCCCUGGGCAGAGCUGCCUUCCUCCUAUUCACCCCCGUUCCUGUGAGGAGUUCCUGCCUUUUAAGGUCCUCCCCCUCCAGGCUGAACAAACCUUGCAGGUGCAUCUCGUUAGCAUGGAGCAGGCCCGGAGGAGCUGGUUAACCUCCUCCAUAACAGGAUGAGUGUGUGUCCCUUCACAGACUCUUUGUGGAUCACUGGAAAUACACUGAAGUUAUUGGGUUUACACAGUUCACAAGCUCUUCUGGCUUCACUAUGGGAGCUUGAAAGCCCCAAAUAUGCCCUUGCAGUGAUUAUACCCUACAACAGAUGGGACUGACAAGCUGUGCAGAAUCUGUUCCUACAUCGAAAUCAGUCUCCUGAGAAAGUUGUUGACGGAGAAGAUAAGAGGGUUGCCAAUUCUUAUAAUUUUAUUGGGAGUCUUGUGAUGUUUUGAGAGUUUUCUUAAAGACCUGGGUCCUGAAGUCAUGUGAUUUGUGAGUUUUCAGUUUUCAUCUUUUAAAAAGUGCAUUUGUAGCCUUCAUGGUUGUGGGGAAAAGGUGGUUUGCACUGAAGGGUUUUUCCCCCAUUCAUAGUCUCCUGCAGGAGUCUCUCUCUCUCUGCAUCCUGUGCAGGGUUCGGGGGUCUGAAUCCUUUUCAAAAUUCCCCAAUGAACAGUUUGUGUCAGUGAGACAGGAGAAUUUGAAUGUGAAGAAGAUACGGGGGAGGGGGGAACUUGUCUUGAGAUGUAGGGGUGACAGAGCAAAGAGCCAAGUUAACAUAUAGUGUAAGGAAGCACAAUUCUACUGAAAUCAUGGGGUCAAACACAGGAUCUGCAUCAGAAAAGAGUCUGCAGAGAGGACAAUCACCCUGUCCACAUACUCUCAGUGAUUGCAAUGUAUAGAGGGAGCUGCCAGGACAGGGACCCAUGAGGGAACCUGCUUCAUGGAAUUCACUCUCACUCUUAGUCUAAAAUAGGGAACUGUCUUGCCAGUACAACUUCUGUCUCUGGUCCAGGUUUCUGGAGAGGAAGGGGAGCACUGAGAGUUGAUAUUUGUGUAUCAAGGCUGGAGUGAGUUAUCACCUCUCUUAAGGAGAAAAUGUUUAUUAAAGAAAACAAACAACUACAGGAACAAACAGAUUUCCACACAGCUUGAGUUCUAGCUUUGUCUCUUUUGUUUACUUCCAAUCACACCCUGUCUAAGGACCUAUACAGCAUACAGCACUUGCUGCAGAAUAGCAUAACUAUAACGACACAUAAUUCAAGAGCAGGGGGCUCCCCUUCCUAAUUUUGAGGAGGCUAGUACAUUUAUUUUUGUUUGUACUAGUUUGUAUUUUUAAUAUAUGGCAAAGGCACCUAGAACCCUGCAUAGAUGAUUUUUAUGUUCUCAUAUAUUACAUCACUGAUACAUUCUAGUACAGGGGUUCUCAAACUUCAUUGCACAGUGACAAUGGGUUGACAAUGGGACAAUGCUCCUUGUCCCCUCCUUUUGACAACAAAAAUUACUACAUGACCCCAGGAGCGGGGAACAAAGCCUGAGCCUGCCCAAGCCUCGCUGCUCCAGGUGGGGAGGCCAAAGCCUGAGCCCCACCCCCCCCCAGGAGGGUGGGGGCCAAGCCGAAGCUCAAAGGCCCCAGCAAGUGUAAGCCAGCCUUGGAGACCCCAUUAAAACAGGGUUGCGACCAGUGAUGAGCUGCGAAAAUCUUAACAACCGGUUCCCUAUAAAAAGUUCGGAUUUAAGGGAUGUGACACACUAUGUAUUUUUUGUACCUUUCGCCAUAAGAAGUGGCAAUGCAUUGAGUCAUUGGGAGUCAUACUUAACAAUAAAAAAAAUAAAAAAACAUUUUUACAUGUUUAUUACAAUAGAAACAAAGUAUUGCUUUAUUAAACGCAUAUCAACAUAAUGAACGAGGCAAG